GGUGUCUUUAUAGCCAGGGAUGAAGACGUCUCAAGAUUUGUGGACUAUAUACACACCACAACCAAACAUGUCUCCGGAAGAGGUGUUUGUGGAGGACAGUGGUCGGCAGCCAGAGAGACCUCCCAAAAAUCAGCCGGCAAGCUGGAUGAGGAGGGACUAGAGCUUGCCGUCUGUCGACAUGGAGUGCUCCUCUGUGCUCUCAAUAUGUACAGGGGAGAAAUCUUUGCUUAUCCCCUGUACCUACAGAAAAAGCUGGCCAGUAGUAUGUUCUUUUGCAUGGAUGUGACCUGCAAAUAUUGGCCCUACCUCCAGAGAAUCACAAAAAGCUGUCCAGAGCUCCAGCAUCUUCUCGACAUGAAGCCCUUUCUCUCAGUGUUUCAUGCCAAAGCGCAUGACUUCAAAUGUGAAGUGAAAUGGAGUGGGGCAUAUCAAGAGGGGGCUGGACUAACCCUAGGGGAGGAGGUGGAACAGGUCAAUGCCUUCCUCUCUCGGAUAGCAGUGACCACAAAACACAUGUCAAAAGCAGGACGUACAGACAUGCUGACGCUGAUGGCCAUGCGCUGGAAUCAGCAAAAAGUCAGCAACUUGGCCACCUCACUGUCCCGCAGAUAUCUGAAGACCACAAAAGCUCUGGAAAAGCAAUUGCAGAACCUGGAGUCCAUGAAGGCUGAGUUGGCAGUGAGUGAAAAGCAGCUGGAAGACUGGGUCAGAGAUGUGAAUGAGUGGGCAGUGAGUGAAAAGCAGCUGGAAGACUGGGUCAGAGAUGUGAAUGAGUGGGCAGUGAGUGAAAAGCAGCUGGAAGACUGGGUCAGAGAUGUGAAUGAGUUGGCAGUGAGUGAAAAGCAGCUGGAAGACUGGGUCAGAUCAACAACAAACAACCCAAGGGAUGCUGCUGCCUUGGCCAGCAAGAUCGAAAUGCUGACAGUAAGUGUCAAGAGACGUUCGCAGCGUCUCUACAAAGACACAGACAGCAACAAAGGUCGUUCCCGGAUCCGCCGCAAGAUCAGGGAUGAGAAAGGGGUCCUGACAGCCACAGCUGAGAAAUACAACUCAAUGGUUCCAAGCACAGAAGCGCUGUGCCUCGAAGCCAUUCUGUCUGUGGAGAAAGCUUGGCCAUGGCAGCUACCAAACAGUGACUCUUUCGACCUCAGGACAAAGAGAAGAGCAUUCGACCUUGUCAUGGCAGUGAAGAGACUACAGGAGGAGAAGAAGAUUCUCGUCACAGAAAUGAACCACCACUGGAAGCUUCAACUUCCCCGCUGCCCGGCUUGUAUACUGGCCAUGCUGUCUUCCUGA